AUGAAAUUCACAGAGAUAAAGCAUUGGAGCCACCCACAACACACUUUGAAACUUGUGCCUGCCAAGGAACCUUACCGUUGCAAUGGCUGCAAAGAAGUUGGAUUUAGACCUUGUUACGAGUGCGAGUACAAAGAGUGCAACUUCCAUCUUCAUGAGGAAUGUGCGGCACUGCAGCGUGAAUCCUCUGACUACCACCCAUUUCUCAAAAAAUGCGACUUCAAACUUGUUGAAAAUGUACAAGGGGAGAGAUAUUGUGAUGCUUGUGGGAAAGAUGUGCUAGGGUUUGUGUACCAAUGUUCGCACACGAAAGCACAUGACCUACACCCAUGUUGUAUGAAGCUUCAACAUACCUUAAAUGGUGGUGAGGUGAGGCUGUACCUCAAAGAAAAGCUCUCAUCAAAAUCAAAGUGCAGAAAAUGUGGAAGAAAGGAAGUACUUAAAGAUUUCAAGGGCUGGUCUUAUGAAUCCAACUGUGGCCAGCAUUGCUAUCAUGUUGCAUGUGUGAAGGACUUAAUCCUUGAUAAUUGGAAGAAGGAUUAUAUUUAUGGACUAAAUGAUGUGGGUCAGACAAGUGACACGGCGUUGCAAAUUAUGGUUCCGAAUAAGGAAGACGCAGUAGAACAAAGUGGAGGAAUAAGCAAGAAUGGAAAGAAGGUUAAUAUAUAUUGGAGGAAGGCUAAAAUUGUUCUCAAGCUUAUUAUUUCAGCCAUCUUUGGAGAUCCAAUUGGGAUAAUUGCUGCAAUAUGUUUUGAAUCGUUAUUUUCAAGUUGA